AUGAAGAACUCUCUGGUUUGCAUCCUCUCCCUCUCUCUCCUCCUCUUUCUCUCUCUACCAUCCCCUUCUCUCUCCGACCGGUGCAACCCACAAGACAAAAAAGUUCUUCUUGAAAUCAAAGCAACCUUCAACUUCAACAACCCCUAUUACUUUUCCUCAUGGAACCCAAACAUUGAUUGCUGUGAUUGGUAUGGUUUGGAUUGUGACCUCAACACAAGCCGUCUCAUUGCUCUCACCAUCUUUGGAGGUAACCUGUCCGGCAAAAUUCCGGCUGCCGUCGGUGAACUCCCUUUUCUCAAAAACCUUAUGUUCCGAAAACUCCCCAACCUGAACGGAACCAUCCCUUCCUCCAUUGCUAAACUGAAAAACCUUCGAGAACUUAGACUCAGCUGGACCAACCUCUCUGGACCAGUCCCCACAUUCAUUACCCAACUCACAAACCUGUACUUACUCGACUUAUCCUUCAACUAUCUCACCGGUUCAAUCCCUCCCUCUCUUUCCCAACUCACUAAUCUCCUCGCCAUUCGCCUAGACAGAAACAAACUCACCGGAGAAAUCCCAGACACGUUUGGAAAAUUCACCGGCACUGUCCCGGACCUUUAUCUCUCCCACAACCAACUCACCGGUACAGUUCCAAAAUCUUUGGGUGAUUUGAACUUCACAGAGCUUGAUUUCUCACGUAACAAGCUUGUAGGCGACAUAUCAUUCCUGUUCGGCAGAAACAAAACGAUACAAAUCGUGGACUUCUCCAGGAACAUGUUUGAGUUUAAUCUUUCGAACGUGAAGUUCCCGGCGAGCUUGACGUCGUUGGAUUUGAACCAUAACAUGAUCACUGGGACUCCGCCGGAGGGAUUGACGGCGCUGAAUUUCCAGUACUUGAACGUGAGUUAUAACCGGCUGUGUGGUCAGAUUCCGGUGGGUGGGAAGCUUCAGAACUUCGAUAUGUAUUCGUAUUUUCAUAACCGGUGCUUGUGCGGCACUCCGUUGCCUGCGUGCAAGUGA